AUGGCGACGAGCUGCGUGAAACUCUCGAGGCGCAUCUGUGUGAUCGGGGUGCCAGCAGGCAGUAGAGGGUUUGCGGCGGGCGGCGCCAAAGCGAAGAAGGGCUCCAAGGGAGCGGGCGACGCGCCGAAGGCCUCCACCAUCUCCAACGAAGUGAAGGCCUCCACGGUGGUCGGGGCCAACAUUCUCAAAGACGGGGUCGACCCCAAGGUCAUGCCGGAUGCGGACUACCCCGACUGGCUGUGGCGCCUCCUCGACAAGCGCCCCCCCCUGAGCGAGCUCCAGCGGAGGAAGCCUGAAACCCUCUCCUACAACGAGCUCCAGCGCCUCACCAAGCUCGACAACCGCGCCAGAAUCAAGGAGAACAACGCUGUCAGGGCCAAGAACUGA